AUGGACCCAGCGUUGAUGGCGCUCUGGGUUCAGAUUCAGGAUCGAGUGCAGCAAAUUGCGGCGCGGGAGAAGAAAACAGUCAACGAAAACCUGGAACUCGAAGACUUUAUCGAGAAUGUUGAACAGAAAGAGCCGCGCAAGAGAGACAAAGCGAAAGCGAUUUUUGGCAACACCUUGACUGUUAUCGGGAAGGUUGGCGGGAUGGCCGCAGAUGCGGCGUCGCAGGUAUUUGCACCCGCGGCGCAAUGCUACAACGUCAUCAGCUUCCUUAUCGACGCGUAUGAAGGCUACCAGGGUGCGUUUGACGGACUGGGGGAGCUGUUCGAAGAAUGUACAGAUUAUCUCAAUCGCCUGCACUCCUACGUCAAGGGGAAAAUGGACGCCAGGUUAACCAAGAUAGCGGUCCAGCAGAUGGACUUGUUUGUGAGAGUCUGCGACGCGGCCUUGGAUCUGCGCUACUCCUACGGUGAAAAGAUCAAAACGGCGUUAAAGGUCAUGUUUUUGGCAGACGACGGCAUCCAGCCUUUGCUGGGCCAAAUGGCCAAGCUCGUCAACAAAGAGCGGAAUCUGGUCGCUGCUGAAACGUUUCUCUUCUCCCGCGAGGCAGCAGAUGCGGCCAAGGAAGCACUGGAUGCGACCAGAAGGGUCGAAGUCGCUGUGUCUGCGAUUCAUGCGCAAGGAAAGGACGCCAAUAGGGAGACCACGAUCAAGAAGGCCCUUGGUCUUCCAGGGGAGCCGGAGACUCCCUGGCGCCUCCGCUACCGUGAUUAUUUGCGUCACAGACUGCGAGAGACAGGACAGUGGAUCUUCAACGAGCCAGCAUUUUCUAGCUGGGAGACAGGCCAAUCGGAAACCAAUAUUCUCGCAAUCGAGGGAGGAAAUGGCACUGGCAAGAGCUUUCUGUCGUCGGCGAUCAUCCACCAUUUUCUGCACAAGAAAGAAGCCACACAAACGGACCGCCGAGUUGCCACCGCAUAUUAUUUCUUUGAAGGAUCAGAGCGCGAUGAAUUGAAGGACGCAAGAAAUCUCGAGACUGCGGCUAAGUCCCUUGUCUGGCAGUUCACGCAGGCCGAGAGGCAGUACAUGAAGUCUGUGGCGAGGAUCUGUGCAGCGACCCAAGAGAUCGAUCCCUCCUCCAUUUCCAGCGAUCUUUUGUUCGAGAAUGCAGACCUGCUCGAUAUGGACGUCAUGUUCUAUAUUGUGAUUGAUGGUCUGAGUGGUAAGAUGGGACAGGGCAUGCAGCGGUUUCUGAAACGUGCAUCCAAUGUGAAGGCUGGUCAACGUGUCCGAGUACUAUUGACGGUCGACCCCCAGUGUUCCCGGCAUCUGGAUACUGUCGAUAGCAUCUCUUUUAAUUCUAUUUCUCUCAGUUCGAAAAACCGUCCAGACGUGGAAAGAGUUAUCGAGUCGAGAAUGGAUUCCAUGCCCACCCUGCGUGAUAAAGCACGACCCGGGAUAUCACAGCUUAGGGCCAGAGUCUGUGAGGAGCUCUGUCGAGUAACAGACGGUGAUUAUUUCCGCAUCAAUCUGGCCCUUGACGAUAUCAGCAAGCGGCAGUACGAGUCUGCUAUCGUGAAUGCUCUCAAGAAGGCAGGAGACGGGCGUAUCAAGCAAAUCAGGAAUGAAAUUGAACGCCUGAACCACAACUGCUCGGAGGCAGAGAUUUCCGAGAUCAAUGAGAUCAUCCUUUGGAUCCGACGGUAUCGCGAGAAUUUAACUGAAAAGCAGAUGACUGAAGCUUUACGAGCAGCUGUUGGCGAAUCGUCCCUGUUGACGCUAGCGGAUAAGAUCAGGGAGAAUUACCCUGUGUUCAAACUUACCAGUAAAGGCGAAGUGGUUUUCCGUGCUCCUGAGGUUGAGGACUCCAUCCCCGACAAGCGAGAUCUGUCCUCUGCACGAGAGCAGGGUGGCCCAGGAGCAGCAGUGUCACCGGGUGAGACGGCCAUGGUCAAGCACUUCCUGUCUACAGUCUGCCCACCCGAAACAUACCUUAAGCUAGACCUGGACAACUUCCUCAAAGACAAGAGGCAGGAUCGGAGAAAUCGAAUCUACAAAGACGAUCCAACCUUCGAGGAGGCCAAGAUGGCGCUUACUUGUUUGCGCCUGCUCACUGGAGAGACAGAACAUUCGAGUGCAGCUCUCGUAUCGUACGCCAGAAGCAACCUCAAACAGCACCUGUCUGCUGUCAACAUGGCGCUCGUGGACGUCGAAUGCAAGAGGCGUUUUGGGCCCCUCCUGAUCAAACUCUUUACUAAUCACAAAUCCAUCGACAUCGCAAUGGAUAAUGACGACGGUGGCGAGGCUAAACAGCGCCUCAUCGCCGCUAGAUUGAUGCUCGGCGACGGCUUCACUGCACUCAUUCUUCGUUGGUUCGGUGAUACGGCGGUCGGACUCGAUAUCAGUGAUGAAGAUCGGAAUUGGAUCACCGGUCUGCAUGAUACUGAUGGCCAUCAAGAGUUGUUGACGCCAAUUGUGACGCGGAUGGCCAUUCAUUUAUUGCAAGAGCCGCACUUCAAUCCACUCCUAUUGAGCGCCUUUGGAUUCAUCAAAGAAUUUUUACAAAAGUUUGAACCCGACUACCUCACGCCGUUUACCAGCCCCGUGGAAACAGUUCCAGCAAUUGAACAGUGGUGCGAGGAAUUAUUGAAAGUGUCAAAGACUUCAGUGUGGCACACGCAAAUUGGCAGCCUUCUUCAACUAGGAAAGAACAAUCAGGCAGCGGAGGACCGGGCCCGCAGAGCCUUGCAGAUAGAUCCGAAUGACUGGAGAGCAUCGACUUUGUUGGCUUGUCUGGUCAGCCCUCGCGAUGGAAUAACAAUCCUGAAGCCAGCCGCAGAAGCUCUUGAGUCCAGUAGCGAAUGGAAGCUAUCAUCUCCUCAUCGAAUGGGACUCGCCAAGAUGUUGUGCAUUCUUGCGGAGCUCAGCUGGCAUGAAGGGCACACUGAUGCUGCCAUCAACUUUUGGAACAGGGCGGUCGAAGUUGAUUUCACUGACUACGUGCGCGAGAUCUUUUGUUUACGUUUCUUGGCGAGCCAGGAGAGAUGGCCCGAGAUCAUGAAGAUUUUGGGCAAGAUACAGGAGGAAUCUACGGAGCAGCUACAGGGUCUAUCUGAAUUGAUAGCCCUUAAUGGUGGUAAAGCAUUUCCUCAUCCGAUAGCGUUGCAAGCUGCUCUUCAUACAGAACAACUGGAGUUCUUAGUUUCAGCUUACGAGCGCGCAGUUGAACUCGUCGAAGAACGUGGGGAGCGCAACACAGAAUGCCGGCUUCUGUAUCAUUGUGGACAAGCAACCCAUGCGCUGCAGAACGGCUCGUCCAAGGCAAACAAGCACUGGCGUCGGGCCCUUAGCAGCGCCGGCAGCGUUGACAAGUACCUCUUAUCGUCACUGAUCAGUAUUAUCGCGCCAUACUACGCACGAAAGGCAGACGCUUCGGGGCCUGAUACCGAAUCAGUCUCGGAUUAUCUCAAGAGGAUUGAAACACUCCUGCCCGAGGGCACCCCGGAGGGUGAUGUUCUCGUUCCUCCGAGGCUCUACAUUGCUCGGUAUCACUGGCGCAAGGGCAACCAAGUCAAGGCCAAGCAGAUCGCUCGAGACAGCGUGAAGCUAAGUCUGGAUAUCCUCUCUGACGGCGAUGAAGGGAACGAUCUUCCAGCCUACAGCCAGCUCCUAUCAGUAUUUAUUGCCUUCGGAGACAUGGCAAACCUGAUGGCAACCAGGGCGCUGAUGGAAUUGAAUUUCAAAGGGCAGCAGGUGCUCGGAUGCAACGGCUGGUGCAAUCGCGUCUGGCAAUACUCGGAAAAGACGCAGUGGUGUCAAGAUUGCAUUAACGCGUCCUUUGAGGACGAGUGUGCUCAAAAGAUCGAACAGGAUGCGCUCCCAGCUGCGGUGUGUGACAGUACGCAUCAAUUUCUGCGCGCCCCUCGGUUGGAUGACUCCGUGGAACUCACCCCAUACCGAAUGGUGCCGUUUGAAGGUGAAGAGAUCACAUUUGAUGAUUGGUUGGGCCGCAUCGAGAAGGAGUAUGUCAGUUUCGAGAAUUGA